ACGAGCAAUGAUCAUCCAUAAAUUGUAAGAUCCAAAAACGUGAUUACCGAAUUCACGCCAGUUUUUACAAACCGGUUCUUGAUCAACUCCACACGGGCAAUAACUAAAAAUUGUAUUCUAUUGCAAAAGGUGAAGAAACCGUGUGCAAGAUGAAUUACAUCGCCCUUUGGAUUUUACUCGCGAUUGGUUACUCGGUCGAAGACGAGGUGCGACCGGACGGGGCCUACAGUUACAUUGUGGUGGGGUCCGGUGCUGCAGGCGCGGUCGUCGCCAAUCGGCUGUCCGAAGAUCCUAACGUUAAGGUUCUCCUAUUGGAAUCGGGAGGUCCGCCAUUUGACACAACUGAAACUCCCGCGAUCGCGUCCCUUGCGCAGUUUACACGGCAAAACUGGAAUUACCUCACGGAAAAACAGGAAAAUUUCGGUUUAGGUUUGGUCGAUGGAAUCGUAGGAUACCCAGGAGGGAGGGUUCUGGGAGGAAGCACAGUUAUUAAUUAUAUGAUGUACAUUCGCGGAAACAAAGCGGACUACAACCGGUGGGCGAAUUUGGGCAACCCGGGCUGGUCGUACGAGGAGGUGCUCCCGUACUUUCGGAAAUUGGAGGACUCCAAGGUGAAGGUUGCCGAUGAAGAGUACCGUGGCCACGGUGGUUUACUGACUGUGUCCGACGUGCCCUACAGAACGGAAGCGGUGCACGUCUUCGUGAAGGCUUGCCAGGAGGCCGGUUACCCUUACGUGGAUUACAAUGGGAGAAAUCAACUAGGAGUGUCGUACGUACAGGGCGCGUUGCGUAGGGGUCGACGGUGCAGUGCGGAAAAGGCGUUCAUUCGCCCCGCCCGAGCAAGAUCGAACUUGCACAUUCGGCUCAACAGUCACGUAACCAAGGUACUCAUCGAGCCAGGCACGAAAACAGCAUACGGAGUCGAGUACCUCCACUCGAAUAGAAAGUUCCUCGUGAACGCCACCAUUGAGGUGAUACUCAGCGCUGGUACUUUCCACUCGCCUCAGAUAUUGAUGCUGUCCGGUAUCGGCCCCCGGGACCAUUUACUCGAAUUGGGAAUACCGCUCGUGCAAGACCUUCCUGUAGGAAGAAAGCUGUACGACCACCUCGCCUUCCUGGGACUGGUGUUCACAAUAAAUAAGCCGAUUGUCACAUUCUUCUGGAACACGUUCACGAUAAGGAGCCUCUUCGAGUUUCUACUCUAUGGGAAAGGUCCUAUGACAUCACUUGGAGGAGUUGAAGCUCUGGCGUACUUCAAAACCAACGUCACUUCUCACUCGGAGGAUUACCCAGACAUGGAACUCAUCUUCAUCGGCGGUGGCCUCCACACGGACUCCGGCACGAUUUACCGAAGAAUGUUUAGAGUGGCCGAUGAAUGGUACUAUCCCAUUUGGCAACCUCUGGAAACCAAGUACGCGUACUCCAUCUAUGCACUGAACCUGCACCCGAAAUCCCACGGACACAUGAAGCUUAGGUCGACAAAUCCACUCGAUCCGCCGCGAUUCUACGGCAACUACCUCACCGACCCCAGCAACGAAGAUGUCAAGGCGUUCAUUGCAGCAGUACGCGAAAGCCAAAAGAUCAUGCGGUCCCCCGCCUUGCAACGGUACGGAGCGGAGCAGGUCAAAACCGUCGUGCCCGGUUGCGAAAUGCCCCAGUACGACAGCGACCCCUACUGGGAGUGCGCAAUUCGACACCUAACGACGACGUUGUACCAUCAGACGAGCACAUGCAAAAUGGGACCAUCGUCCGACCCUGAGGCGGUGGUGGACCCCAGACUGCGAGUGUACGGUGUGAAGGGGUUAAGAGUAAUCGACAACAGCGUAAUACCUACCACGAUAUCUGCCCACACGAGCGCGGUGGGGUACAUGGUGGGGGAGAAGGGAUCCGACUUAAUCAAAGAAGAUCAUCAAAGGUUGCUACGCGAGAAAAUGAAUGGGACAAUGUAGUGACAUUUUUCAUUAUUAGCACAAUUGUUCGUUUAGUAUUUUUUGACUGAAAUCUACCCAUGAUAUCAAAGGCACUCAAAAUUCAGAGCACUAUAAAGCUAACUGAGUGAGCUCGGGUAAAGUCGAGGCUCAAGUACGUAAUAGACGGACUUCAACUAGAAGAAACAAGCCCCGGACUAUGCCGAACUCACCUUCGGCUCGUUCGGCAUUGACUAACGAAUACGCCCGCCUUCAUGAUAGGGGAGAAGGGUGCAGACCUGCUGCUCCAAACAAUAAAUUAAGCUACCAGAAGAUGACGCAAUUUUAUACUGUGACAAUAAAUACACCUGUGGCACAAAUUUCUCUCUCCACUUAAAAUUAGGGAAUACUUGAGAGGCGAGUUCGACAUAAAUUCUCCGCGUCGAACGGAUUAGAAAACGGAAUUUUUACUUACGUUCUUUAAGAGUAACAGCGCUAUCAACA